GGCAACUUCCUGAAGAUUACAAAGAGCCGUCUUACUUACCUUUUGAAAAAUCAGGAAGAGAAUUAUCUCAUUAUGAAAGAGUGGAUGUUGCGGGAGGCCUCCAACCUUAAUGCCCUCCAGGAAGGAGGAACAUUUAGACGCACUCUGUGGAAACGGAUCCAGAGUAUGGUGACCCCACUUCUGGCCUACAUGGUAUCUAUUUUGGACAGAGAUUAUAAUCUGAAUUUGCUGGUCAAACCAACAACAGAAGAUUGUGUGAAAGACUUGUGGUUAUUCAUCUUCAAUGAACUAAAACUUCUAGACAUCCCUUAUGUCAUGGGUCAGAGCAGUGCUCAAACAAAACCAAUCCAGGUGCAGAAUGAAAUGGAAGUCUCUACAGGGGCUGGCAAUAAAAUGCCUUUCAGCUGGAGGAUAAAGGAUUAUUUGGAAGAUCUUCGGGUUCAAGCACAACAUGUCUCUAAGAAUGAAG